AUGGAGCCGAUGGAGCAACCACCUGAGCAGAUGCUUGAUGUCAUUCGCCGCGCUUAUGACAGCGUAUACUUGUAUGGCAACUGCUAUGCUGGCAUCAAGGUGGCCACGUCAGCGCUUAAUAGUGGUUGUGUAGAUGAAUGUGACUUGUCAGUCAGCGAAAAUACCGCAGCGUCAUCAACAGAGCACUCCGGUGGCCUUUCGGGGGUUCGGCUUAGCGACUCUUCAACACAAAGUUGCAAGACUAAUAAUUCUUCCCUUGCAGUUGCGUCAACGAAAGCUCAGAGGGGCUCCACGUCCAUGUCCAAUAGCGUAUUGGGGGCAUUAGGGAGCGGAGCAAAUGUAAAAGAUGCAACCGUACCGAUGACGCUCAACAGGUUACAGGAAUUUCACUUACUGCUCCUCCGAGCUGAGGGGUACUCCGGAGUGCGGCAGCAUGAAAAGGCACUGAAGGACGCGGAGGCGGCCAUUAGGAUUUCCGGCGGGCGCUCCGCUGAGGCUCACUUUAUUCUUGGUAGGGAGCUUCUCCGCCUUUACCGUCUGGAGGAAUCCGUGGCGGCUUUUCAAACCGCGGAGUUACUUCUCCCAGCUUUGGCAGUGGACGGUGUUCCCUUUCCUAGGGAGACCGACGAUGAGGAGUUUUGGGCGCAGCGCGGGUACAGGUUACAGGACGCUGAGGAACUAAAGUUGAAGCGGCUGGAGGUUGAGGCGGAGGAGCAGCAGGCACGGGCGUGGCGGGCCUUGGAGUGUAACUCUUCAGGUAACGCAGCCGGAACGAGGCAAAGGUUUCUGGAACCUCCUUUCUUAGCAUUGAAGGAUGUCAAAUGUGGUUACCCUAACCUUAUGAAAUGGAGGCAGCUUUCCCGUGAGGCGGGCGCGCUUUUGUCAGCGCACACGUCCCAUGUGUUUUCUGGAAGUUACCUUCAACCAACGAUGGCUUUUAUGGAGCGUAGGAUCAGUUCGGUGCGGAAUGGGUCCGUGGUUUGCAUCCACAACACGACUUCAUACCCUUUGAAGUGGGUGGGCAGUUGGUUCCCCGACUGCGGCUUUCACGCGAAUAUGACUUUUCCUCAAGUCAUUGAAUCUGGAAAUUGCGGCGUGGCGUUGCUCCAACCCAAGGGAUGGGGUGGCUAUGUCGGUUACGUUUGUUAUCGGGUGGCGGAAUGUGGUAUAUGUUGCUUUUUUUGCGUUGAGAGCACCUUCAUGGGGUCUGUUCGAUGUGGAGUUCGUUUUUCUUCACCAUACAGGAUUGAGGAGCUCGGUGAUGGCGACCCCGACGACGCUGCGCUGAAGGAGUUUAUGAACUUUAAACUACCCAACUCCAGCGUGUGGCUUCCCUCCCACACCACGGCGCCCCCAGUGAAUCGCCGGCUGAAGGCAUGGAGCGCCGUUUCCGAGGGCAAUCGGUCGAGUGUGUUUACUGUUGCUGAGGUUCUUCCCAUAGGCCUCCGUGCGGUGGAACUGCUAACUGCGCUUGAGUAUGCUGGACCAAUGGUGCUGAAAAAGUUAAGUGCCGUCAGUCAGCGUUACCGUUCGUUGGUCAACGGCCUACCACCACCGAUGUUUCACAGUCCGGGUCGCAUUCUCUACCCGGACUAUUGCCUCCGAGGCGACCGUGUCAGGUCCCCAUGGACUGUGCUGGACCAAGACACCGUGAGGUGGUUUUUUCUGAAUGAGGGGAUCGUGGGUAAUAGAGAGAGGUGUGUUUUGGCUGAUUCAACUCACAUGACAAGUGGCAUACUGCGCUUCACGAGAGAAAAGGGUGGAUCUAUGGAUGCAAAGGUGUACUAUGGCGAUGGGUGUUCGCUUAUCGCACAGGUUAAAGGUAGUUGGAUACCUUUUAGCAGCACGCUGUCAUUUAUUAGCUCCACGGGUCGUACCUUUGCCACUUGUUACCUCAACCACAGCUCGCAGCUGACGCUUUCGUGGGGUAGUGCAGGUGCCAAGAGUAAACCGGAGGAUGUGGAGUACGUUAUGGAGCGCCGGGAGGCACGUGCAGAGACGGGGAAUUGGCGCUCCGCUUCAGCAGUGGGUAAAGUAGCAGGUCCUAUGGGUGUUACCGGUGGUGAUGAUACCUCUGGCACGAGGUCUCGUGUUGGCCGUUCAUCUGGUCAGGGUUCUACCAAUUCUCAUUCAUCCAACACCGGUACAAGGUUUGGCGCUGUUGAGGCGUACACCGUUCGGCGUGUGUCACGACGAGGUGGUGAUUCGGCCAUUGAGUUAAGUUCUUCCGGUGCUGGUGGUGGUGAGACGAUGGGAGAAGUGAUAUUUAGUACCGCAAAGGGUGGAACACCGAUGAAAGGUGCCUCGAUUUGCGAGGUGCAUCUUUACCCUGGGGUUGACGCAUUGUUGCUGUCGUUGAUGGCUUACUGCCGCUUUAAUUGGGAGCAGUAG